AUGUGGCCACCCAGCCCACAAAAGUCGUCCGUUUCUUCGCUGACUGACGACCUUUGGGCCCGGCCCGGGCCCUCCAGUAAGCCCAACUUCCUCUCCACAUUUUGGUCAACAAUAGAUGCCGACACUCUCACGAUCGGCCAAUCACUAACCGACGGCCAGUCCCUAGUCUCAUCCGCCGGCAGCUUCCGGCUGGGCUUCUUCCGGCCGGAAAAUUCCAGCAGCCGGUAUUUGGGGAUUUGGUACGGCGCCAGAGUACCGACUCAAACGAUCGUUUGGGUCGCCAACAGAGGAUCUCCGAUCUCCGACACCAGAGGAUUCCUCAACCUCACAAGGGAAGGAAUCCUCGUCCUCUCCGACGGCGGUCGGAACAACAACCUCGCCGUCUGGUCCUCUAAUGUAACCAGACGGCUGACGGGCAACAACCCCGUCGUCGCCCAGCUCCUGGAAUCCGGCAAUUUGGUUGUUAGAGACGCCGCCGACGAGAACCCAGAUAACUUCCUGUGGCAGAGCUUCGAUUACCUCACCAACACUUUGCUCCCGGGGAUGAAGCUCGGGAGGAACCUGACGUCCGGUCUUAACCGGAAGAUGAGGUCGUGGAGGAGCGGGGAGGACCCCGCGGAGGGCGAGUUCAACGUCCUCAUCGAGACGGAGGGUUACCCUCAGCUGUUGGUACGGAGGGGGACCGCGAUCCAGUUUCGAGCUGGAUCGUGGAACGGCCUCCGUUUCACUGGGGUUCCGGCCCUGAACCCCAGCCCGACUUUCUCGUUCGAGUAUCGGUACGAGGAGGGACGGGAGGUCUUUUUCAGGUUCGGGGUGCCCAACAACACGGUCGUGUCGAAGUAUGAGAUAACUCCCGGCGGUCUGCUCCAGCUGCUGACGUGGAGCAGCCGGACGGGGGUGUGGAUAGUGAUAGCCACGGGCCAGGGGGACCGGUGCGAGAACUACGGGCUGUGCGGGACCUACGCGAACUGUUUCACGUUCCAGGCUCCCGCAUGUCAGUGUCUCACCGGGUUCAGCCCGAGGAAUCCGGACGAUUGGGGCCGGUCGGACUGGGAGGAAGGGUGCGUCAGGAGGACUCCGCUGGCUUGUAAUUCGAGCGACGGAUUCAUCAUGCAUUCGAGGGUCAAGCUGCCGAAUACCGCCGUGACGCGAUGGAAUCGGACGAUUGGGCUGGCGGAGUGCAGGAGGUUGUGCUUGGGGAACUGUUCUUGCACGGGGUAUUCCAGCCUGGACAUAAGUAAUGGGGAGAGCGGGUGCUUGAUGUGGUUCGAUGAUUUGAUUGACAUUCGAGAACUCGCGAACGGUGGACAGGAUUUGUACGUCAGGAUGGCCGGAUCAGAAAUAACAGAGGUGGUUCCGGAGCAGGGGAGGUCCAAUAGACGAAGGAAAACGAUAAUCGUGAUCGCCUCAGUGAUUUCGUCAUCAAUGGCUUUGCUAGUGAUUUUAGGGAUUCUGCUCUAUGCUAGAAAAAGGAAACUCAAGCAAAAAGAAACACUCAAAACAAUAAAUACUCCAUUGCCAAGGAUAAAAUCCCAGAAGGAGCGUAAUGAAGAGUUGGAUCUACCGACAUUUGAUUUGAGCACAAUAGUGGAGGCCACAAAUGACUUUGCCAUUGGGAAUAAGCUUGGAGAAGGAGGAUUUGGGCCCGUAUACAUGGGAAAACUUCCGGAAGGGCAAGAAAUAGCGGUGAAGAGGCUCUCAAAGAGCUCGGGACAAGGGCUCAACGAGUUCAAGAAUGAGGUCAUUUUGUUCGCCAAACUCCAGCACCGGAACCUUGUCCGGUUGUUGGGCUGUUGCAUUAACGACGACGAGAAGAUGUUGAUCUACGAAUACAUGCCCAACAAAAGCCUCGACUUCUUCAUUUUCAAUGAGACUCAGAGAAAACUACUGAACUGGCAGAAAAGAACGGUGAUCAUCGACGGGAUUGCUCGAGGCCUGCUUUACCUUCACCAGGACUCCAGGUUAAGAAUCAUCCAUCGAGAUCUGAAAGCCAGCAACAUAUUGCUUGACAAAGAGUUGCGACCUAAAAUUUCCGACUUUGGCCUGGCAAGGACAUUUGGAGGAGAUCAGACGGAGGGCGAAACAAAUAAAGUCGUGGGCACGUUCGGCUAUAUGUCUCCGGAGUAUGCGGUGGAUGGUCUCUUCUCGGUCAAAUCCGACGUGUUCAGUUUCGGAGUGCUGGUUCUUGAGAUAGUGAGCGGCAGGAGGAACCGAGGAUACUAUCACGUUGACCACGACCUCAAUCUUGUCGGCCACGCAUGGACGUUGUGGAACGAAGGGGCGGCGCUAGGGCUGUUAGACGAUUCUUUGAACGAGAGUUGCAACCAAUCGGAAGUGUUGAGAUGCAUCCACGUGGCGUUGCUGUGCGUGCAACAGAGGCCCGAAGACAGGCCCAACAUGUCGGCGGCGGUUCUGAUGUUGGGCAGCGAGAAUCCUCUGCCGCAGCCCAAGCUGCCUGGGUUCUACCUCAGAAGGAAUCCACCGGAGGCGGCCGACUCUUCGUCCUCGAAGAAUAUCAACGAUUCUUGCUCUGUUAAUCAAGUCUCGAUGACUGUAAUGGAGCCCAGGUAG